GUUUUAGUUCAAGAUAUAUUUACUUUACUGGUUAAAGUUUCUUUUAUUAAACGCGUACGUCUUCAGUUACCCCUCUGAAAAAGAAUAGUACCACUUGAUUUCCAACAUGGCGGCCGCUUGUUUGAAAAUCCAAACGAAGAGGGAAACCCCUUUUCCGAAGUAAAAACGUAGUAAAUUUCUAGAAUUCCCAGUUUUGUCCUAUAUGGCGUGUUAUUUGUUUUAUCAUCAAUAAAUGGGAUGGUGACGGCAGACGAGAGGAACAGCAUGGCAGACGGCUGGGGAGAAGUGUUUCAGAGGAACCGGCUGGUUCCCCCGUGCAGCCAAACAGUCCGCCUGGCUGUGGAGAACCACCUCACCGCGUCCCACGGCUUCCAGCUCAUCCUCAGCCGGCUGACUGCAGCUCACCUCCCGCAGGACCCGUCGGCCGAGGAAGAUGCAACGUACCAGCUGCGAGUGACUCUGUUUGACAGAAAGCUCCAGCACUUCUUUGGCAAAACGUGGAAGAGUUUACCCCAGAAGAUGAAAAACAAGAAGAUUGCCUUCAACGAGGUUGUGUACCUCCAUACAUCCUUGCUGUUGCCCAGCACUCUCGCCGUUGUGGAGCUAGUGUCGCUGUCACCCAAAGCAGACGGCUCCCAUCUGGCUCUGGGGAGAGGCUUCGCCGUUCUGGAGCUUUUCGCCAACAGGCCAGAGGGUCCGAGUACUGAUGGAGACAGAAGGUUGAAUCUACAGCAUGGAUCACCUAGAGGCCUCCUCCACCCCUCAUUGAAGGACUCGGCUGACUAUGACAACCUACUGAAGGAAAUUGAUGGAGCACAUUUGCACUGUGUGCUAAAAACACAUCCUUCACUGAAUUCUGCAAUGCAUCUCCUUCCCGAGAAUGCUUUCGUGUGCGGAGAGGACAACAUACCUGGGCUCAUCCCUUCUCCAGCAGGAGAUGCUCUGCUGAGGCCUCAGCUGCUCAAGAUGACGCCCUUCACCCUGGAUAGACUGACCAUUUCCCUCCAGCCUUCCCUGGAGAAGUUUGAGAGCCUUCUGUUGCAGCUCAUCAAUGCUGACUGCCAAAACACAAAACAACCCAACCCAGAGGAUGCACAAAGAACAGUCGUCAUCCAGGAACGGAGACUUCAUGUCUGUGUGCACAACGGCUGGUGUUUCCUUGAUAAGCCCCAAGUGAUGGUCCUGGAGCCCGUUGCUUCAGGGGUCAGAGGACGAACAGACAGCAUCUCUAAGAAGAGCACGCUGGCCAAGGACAGCUCGGCAUCAUCGCCCCGUCCUCAGAUGCUGGGCCUCCGCAGCAGCCUGGAGAUCGAACUGGCCAAUAAUCAGGCUUUGGCAAUCGUCUUUCAGCUAGAGUACGUCUUCUCCGCUCCCAUAGGCCGAGAGACUAUGCUGUCUGCCACCGCCUCACCCAGAGCUGCCUUCUUGCAGUGCCUUCGUUGGGCGGUUUGGUGCCCCUUCCAGGAGCUAGCUGACUGGAAAGGCAAAGAAGUACAGCUUCCUCUGCAAGGAGGGGCAAAACCGAACCCUCUUGGAGUGAUGGUCUACACCACAGAGACCUCUGUCCAAAGUCAAAGCCCUGCAGCAGUCUCGGCUCCCAGAACAGCUCAGGAAGGGUCGGAGGCGAAGGAUGUGAUGAGAUUUUGGCUGUUGUCCAGUGUGGAAAAGAAGCCAUCCAGCCCAAGGGCAUCUCUGAGGACUAAGCAGGAGGAUGUGGCACGUCAGAGAGCGUCACCUUCUAAAAGUCAAAAACACAUCCCUCCUAACUCUCCUCCGGAAUCACCUCAAGGCCCCGGGCUCUCACUGUCUCAGCUGGCAGCUACUUCACGCUACCCGACCAUCAGCCACUCCAGCUCGGCGUUACCGUGGCAACAGUCAUUUCCUUCUCUGCUCCAUCCUUCCCCGUUGGCAUCGGCCCACCAGCUGUCACAUGUCGCCUGCUCGGGUGUUAGCAACAUCACCCACCUGGAGAUGGACCUUCAGCGGGAAGACGGCGAGACGACCUUCAAGAAGGAAGAAGGAGGCCAGCUUCAAGAGUUGCCCUUCACCCCUGUCCAUGCUCCUGUCAUCACUCUGGGAAUGAAUGUGCCGAGCUCCUGCUCAGUCAGCUCCAGGAGCUCACUGGCACACCUUUUCUCUGCCGGAUUUCCUGAAAUCCUGGACUGCAGUGGGCAGGUGGCAGAAGUCCUGGACCCCACUGAAGCGAUGCCCUUCGAUCCUCAGCGGGAGGAGGCUGACCUUUUAAAGGGAAACCUGCUGGUGUUUCAGUUUCUGGCAUUUACCAGAAUACCAUCAGCAGGUGUUGAUAGUGACUGGCCUCGUAACAUCUAUGUUACCUUCCAGUUUUAUCGCUUUCCACCUGUCACGUCACAGCAACUUAAGCUGCUGACCAGCGAUAAGGUUCGGCACAAAGCUAGCGAGGCACUUCCUUGUGUCUUAGCCACCAUCAACAAAGACGGAUCUGUUAAUUAUGGUUCUCCAGGUCUGCAGUUGCAGUUCAGAGUUGAUGACAGUUUCUUGAGGCCAGGAGAGAAGCGCUGGUUCCUCCGUCACCUGGCCCUCCACACUAUGCACAUCGACGUCUGGGACAGUGACUCGCUGCUCCUCAUUGGUUCUACUGCCAUCGAGCUCAAGUACAUGCUGCGUCAGGGGAAGUCUGCUGUCCAGGCUCUUCAUGAGUUGGAGGUCCUGACCACGGAUUAUGUGGGAGAUGACACCUUGCUGACUGACACAGAUCUCGGUCGACGCUCAGCAUCCAGCCCGUUGACAGUUUGCACCAUUGUUCGAGGCCGGCUCCACAUACGAACGGGGAACAUAGGAUGUCCAAUUGACCCCAGCAGGAAGAGAGAUGCGGACGGGUUAUCGUCUCAUUCUCACAUCAUCACGCCUCGCGAAGUCAGCGGUGGCUUUAAAGGAGGAAGCCUGUCACCCAGAAACAUCCUCCGACUCAAUGCGAGGAACAUUGUGCCAGAACACAGGCUGGAUGGAGAUCGGAUGCUGUUGUACAGAAACCGGAUCAGAGCUCACAACAUCACCCCCGAAGUGCAAAACCCAAACACCGACAAUGGGCGGCGGAAGCUGGACUGCAUGGCUGCUGUGCAUCGACUGGAGGCUAAAGAAAACACAAAAGCAGCCGAUGUCACGGAUCGCAAACCAGCAGCUCGGUUGGUUGGAGAACAUCAGCCCAGCAAAGAGUACAGCAAGGCAGAGGGAAUUGCGAACAUGCUGAGCCAGGCCAUCACCACCCAGCACCUCCUCUAUGCGAGCCUGGGCUCUGCUGAAUUCAUGGAGUUUGUCCUGAAGAAUCCCUUCAACGUACCGCAGACGGUCACCAUUCACUCUGAUGACUCUGAGCUCAGUGUCAUCACUGACACCGAGGAGUGGCGAUACUUCAAAGCACUAACGAAAACCUCUACCCCACUGGAGGAGAACAUGUUUCACGUGGAAGAAGGAGCUCCUGGUCCCAGGGUUUAUCUCCGGCCCAAAGAAAGUGUCCACAUUCCCCUCAAGUACCAGAGCUUCCUGUGCAACCACACCAUAGCUGUCCAGGGACCAAGUUUCCUGCCUAUAGGCAAAGGUUCCCAGAUGGCCAAGAAGAAUCUGUCCAGCAUUAUUAAUGCCAAAAUGAUCAAGGUUACAUUCAGAGCAGAAGAUGGCAAGCCGAUGGCCAUCUGCCAAGUGAAUGUGGAGCCAACACCCCACGUUGUGGACCAGACUUUCCGACUAUACCACCCUGAACUUUGUUUCCUUAAGAAGGCCAUCCGCCUGCCGCCGUGGCAAGACCCAACAGCUGAAGAUCCAAACUCCUGGACACAUAUUUCUGUGCGCUGUAGUGACCCUAACAUCAUCUGCCAGACGAGGAUGCUGGUUCCAGGAGAGCCUCAGGAUGUGUACUUGAAGGUGCCAGGGAGUCCCAGUCCACACAUAAAGAUGUUCUUUGUGAUGGUUUUCACCGAUAAGUGGAUGGCGGCGCCCUCCCAGAUCUGGCAGGUUUACGUGCAUUUUCUGGAGCGGGUGGACGUCAGCUGUGUGACUGGCCAGAGAACCUGUCAGUCACUGGUUCUGAGGGGAAGACAGGCUGUUCGUAAGAUCAAAUGUUUCUCAUCGCACCCCAAGGAAAUUGAGGUGGACCCAGCGGGUGUGUUUGUUUUGCCUCCCGCCGCCGUGCAGGAGCUCCAGCUUAGGGUCCAGCCAUGGCAGGCUGGCAGCCGCUUCCUGUAUGUGAACGCCGUGGACAUGGAGCAGCAGCGGCUGGUCGCUGCCUGGCUCCUAUGUCUCAAUGUCCACCGGCCUGUACUGUCAAAGGCGUUUGAAUUGUCCGUUCCGGUUGGUAAUGGGCGUGGCAGCUCGAGAAAAAUCACUUACACCAACCCUUACACCAGCGCGCGCACCUUCCUGCUCCGCUCCGACCAUCCUGACCUGCUCCAGUUCAGAGAGGACAGGUUCCAGGUCGGAGGCAGAGAGAGUUACUCCAUCGGACUACGAUUCGCUCCCAGCCAGAGUCCGGGCUCCGCCGAGAUCCUGGUUUACGUCAAUAACUCGGAGGAGAAGACCGAGGAGACGUUCUGCGUGAAAGUCAACUAUUCUUGAUGAUCCGUCGGGAAUUGCCGGCCGCUGUAGAGUGAUAGAUCUAAUUUUAUAACAACAUUUUUUUGAUUAUUAUUGUUUCGUACUAGGUGUGUGGUUUUGUACUUCAUAAAUAAGCCGCAUCAAUAAGUCUUGUUUGCUGUCUCAGUUGAUUUGUUUUAAACAGAAAUUUUCACAAUAAAAGAUUAACACAC